AUGUCUCAAGAAUACACCGACUUUGUCAUCAACUCAUUCGGCCCAAAAGCCACCCCAAGAUCUCGCAGAAUUAUUGGUUCGUUGAUCCAGCACAUCCACGACUUUACCCGUGAAAACUACAUCACUGUCGACGAAUGGAUGUACGGCGUAGAGUUUAUCAACAAAAUCGGCCAGAUGUCCGACAGCACCAGAAACGAAGGUAUCUUGGUGUCGGAUGUCUUGGGGUUAGAGGCUCUUGUUGACACUCAGACCCAUGCGGUUGCAGAGAGACACGGCUCUAGCACCGCGGCAACAUCCUCCGCCAUUCUCGGACCAUUUUACAGAGAGAACUCUCCGGUGUACAAAAACGGCGAGUCCAUCAUCAUCAAAGAAGUUGGGGGUGUCAAGGCCUAUGUUUCUGGUAAGAUCACCAACACCCAAGGUGAGGCCUUGGCCGGAGCUAUGGUUGAGGUAUGGCACUGUGCUCCGAACGGGUUGUACGAGCAGCAGGACCCCGAACAACCAGACUUUAACUUGAGAGGCACAUUCUACACUGACAAGGAUGGAUUCUAUUCGUUUGUCUGCUUGGAGCCAACUGCGUACCCUAUUCCUUAUGAUGGUCCGGCCGGUGGCUUGUUGCAGUUCAUGGACAGACACCCUAUGAGACCAUCGCAUAUUCAUUGGAGAGUGACACACCCGAGCUACCACUCGUUGAUCACGCAGAUCUACAACCGCGAGGACCCAUAUACCGAAGACGACUCUGUAUUCGCGGUCAAGGAGGACUGCGUGGUGGACUUCAUCAAGGCAGACGGCAAGAUUGCAGAAGAGCACCAGGUUGAGAAAGAGUUGCGGUUCUCGGUUGCAUUAGAGUUGGAGGAGUUUGUGCAACAGGACCGUAAAAAGAUCUACGCGCAGCAGAAGGCCUUGGAAGACCACUUGCAUGAGAAGUCUCGUCUCAACAGUACUACAAAGUAA